AUGCAGCCACCUUGGUAUAUUGGCCUCAGUAGUCUUACUCAAGACAAGUCAUCUCUCCACCUUCACGGUCGUCGGAAGCCCCAACCACACCAGCCACAGCAACAGGAAUGCGAGCUGUUCUUACUUCACCUUCACUGCGAGCCUCGAGGACAAUCAUCCCAGGCUUUGCUUGCUUUUCCGGUUGAGGCCAUGCGAAUUCACUCGCUACUCGCACCGCAUCCAGCCGGACUCGAGCAACGUCGGCCCGGCAAUGGUUCGCUUGAAAUGCGCCGGCUCAGUCCCUCAUUCCAGAUGCCGCUCACCGAUCGGGCCCUUCCCGCUCGCAUGUCUCUCCAUAAUCAGCCGCUGGCCGCUGGACGAGCACGAACGACGAGAUGGCGGAUGCGACAAACACCAAAGAGCGAGCCGCAUACAAGACAUGGGCCUCCUUUCAUUUCUUUUUCCCCGUCGCUGACUUCCUCCACGGAAACCUCCUCGACAACUUCUACAUGCGCCAGCCGAUGUUAG